AACAGUUCAAUUCCAUGACAUCUCAGCUGUCUGCCUAAAUCUCGCGAUACCGCAAUUCUCUCGCGAGUACCUAACGACUGGACACGGGCGAGAGGGAGAUGGAGAGCAAUGAGGUCUGAAAAGGACCAAAUGACCGUGGGCAAGGAGAAAAGCGUCGUGGAGAUACAGUUCAGAGACCUCCCGAGGGAGCAGGAGAACAUUCCCGGUAACCUGAAGCAGAAGGAGGAGAAGAAGGAGGUGUUCACGAAGGUGGUGAUUCGGAGGCUUCCUCCUAACCUGUCAAAGGACCAGCUAGAGGAGCAGCUCAGUCCGCUUCCAUCCUACGACUACUUUGAGUUCUUUCCAGCUGAUCAAAGUCUUUACCCGCACUUGUUCUGCAGAGCGUACAUCAACUUUAAAAAUCCCGAAGACAUCCUGCUGUUCAGGGACCGAUUCGAUGGCUACGUCUUCAUUGACAACAAGGGCCAAGAGUAUCCUGCUGUGGUGGAGUUUGCCCCCUUCCAGAAAAUCUCCAAGAAGAAGCUAAAAAAGAAAGAUGCCAAAGCCGGGAGCAUUGAAGAAGACCCAGAGUAUAAGCGGUUCUUGGAGAAUUACUCCUGCGAUGAGGAGAAGUCUAUGGCCAACCCUGAGACUCUGCUGGGAGAGAUAGAGGCCAAGACCAGAGAGCUCAUCGCCAAACGGACAACACCUCUGUUGGAGUACAUCAAAAAUAAGAAAAUUGAGAAACAGAGAAUAAGAGAAGAGAAAAGAGAGGAGAGGAGACGAAGAGAGCUCGAAAAGAAACGGCAGAGGGAAGAGGAGAAGAGAAAGCGACGAGAGGAGGAGAGACGCAAACGAAAGGAGGCAGAGAAGCAGAAGAAACUGUCUGAUAAAGACAUCAAAAUCAAGCUCCUGAAGAAGAGUGACAGGGACGAUGACGUGGAUUCAGACCGGAUGAAGGACAAAAGCGACAUCGGGGAGACAGACAGGGGCAAAUGGGAGAAAGCUGGAGGACAGAUGAAGUCAAAGGACCUCAAAGACAAAGGUCAGCCUGAGAGUGAUAAGGAGCAGAGAGAGCAGCACGGUCGCAGACAGAGAGAUAAGGACCACCGUGGUAAAGACGAAGAGAGGAAACGACAGAGACACCACUAUGAGUUUGACAAAUUCAUGCGCCGCAAAGAUGAAACCAAAUGGGGGAAGGGCUACUGCCAGGACCGAGCCAAGAAAGAGGGCCACCAUCACGGUUACUCUUACUGUCCCGACAGCGGAGACAAGCUGGGAAAGGAGGACAGGGAGGACCUGGGUAACAGGAAGGAACGCCUCCGAAACAAGGUGAGCGAGAAGGACCGUCCAGCCAUGCAACUCUACCAGCCAGGCGCACGCAACAGGAAGCGCAUGAGCUCAGCGGGCAAAGGCUACGACUGCAUCCCCGUGGGCCACUCACCUGAACCCGGGACGGAGCACUGCUACGAGGCUGUCACCAUGGCAACGGGGUUGGAGAAAGGGUUUGAGAAAAGCAAAGAGGAACAGUGAGCAGUCUGUGUGUUUAUAGAAAUACAAAUAAAUUAUUCAGCCUACGUUGAUGGUGACAGGUUUGGCAGGAUAUCAUUGUGAAAAUAAUACACUCUACUGAGGGAGAAAGGCACUUCAGAAUCAAACAGUCUUUGAGUCGUUUAUUAGAUGUAACAGAGCUCAGAGCUUUGAAUGUUGGAUAAGGUGUUUGUUUGCUGGAGCAUGAACAUUUUUAGAAAACACUAAAUAUUUCAUCUGCCUCACUGUUUAGUGUUCAAAUAAUCCUUGGUACAAACCACGUGAAAAAGAACAGGGGCAAACAAUAAUAGUUACCGUUAUGAUAGCACAACAGUUCGUGUCAGGCAGCCUGGUGUCAUUUCCUGUUUACUCAUCAUGUCUUUGAAGUGUGUCCCAGUAAGCGGCAGCUCACCUGUGGUAUCCAUCAACAACUUCCUGGUUCAACAGUGACCUCAUCCUCUGCACCAGAUCUUGUUACUAAGCCUUUGUAGACUCUGCUGAACUUGGAUGUUUUUAAUAAUCCUAUAGAUUUUAUGAAAAUGAAAUAUAACGUAAGUGGAACUUACAAACAGUGGAUGUAGAAAAUUGUGUGUAUUUUUGUGCGUGAAGGUGAGCGAAUGAGAGGGGCUAAGAGUUAUUAUUGACAAACAGGACGAUGUACGGCUUUUUCCUGGUUUUUAUGCAUCUCAUUACACUUGGUCCAUCUUAUUCUAUGGUGUCAUACAACAGAAGAGACGUUUUUGAUCAUCCAUGAGCCAAGAAGAACACAUUCUCUACAUUUCUACAAAGCAUUUCCUAGAGAUAAUAAAGUUGCGAAGUAUGACACCGAUAAAUACAUUAAUUUUCUAUGCCGUGUGCACGGUUUUCUAUUAAUUCUAUCGACUAAAUGUAAAUGAAAGCCACAAAUACUGAUGACAUCUGUUUAACAAGCCUUAUAUCAUUUUUGCACACAGCCUAACAUUUGUCUAUCAUACCUCU